AUGGCCUCUUUCCCAGAAUUCCUGAAUGACUCGUCUAUCCACAAUGACCCUGGUGCAAAGGUGCCCCUGCCUUGGGCAGGAUUCAUCACGCUGUCCCUCCUCAUGGCCGUGUUCUCCAUCACAGCUGUCGUGUUGAACACUACAGUGAUAGUCGUCACCCUCCGGCACAAACAGCUGCGGCAGCCGCUGAAUUUUGCCCUGGUCAAUCUCGCCGUGGCCGACCUGGGCAUCACGUUAACAGGAAGUGUGCCAUCUGUGGUGACCAAUGCAGUGGGCUACUACAUUACGGGACGGGUCGGAUGUGUACUGGAGGGAUUUUGUGUGGCAUUAUUUGGUAUAACAGCGCUGUGCACAGUGGCCCUGAUUGCAGUGGAACGGCUGUUCGUAGUGUGCAAGCCUCUGGGUACCAUCACAUUCCAGACCAAGCACGCCGCAGGAGGAUUGGCGUUCUCCUGGCUCUGGUCUCUGAUCUGGAAUACUCCACCUCUCUUUGGCUGGGGGAGCUACCAGCUGGAGGGAGUCGGCACAUCCUGCGGACCUGACUGGCAGAGUCGAGAUCUCAAAAAUGUGUCUUACAUCAUCUGUUACUUCUCACUCUGUUUUGCUGUGCCAUUCGUCAUCAUUGUGGUGUCAUAUUCAUGGCUGCUCUACACGCUAAGACAAGAGUAUCUGACACGAGGUAAAAGUUAA